GUGAACUCACAGAGCAACAACAAGAGAGAACAGAGCGGGAGCAGCACUUAACAACUCACAAACCUACCGAAGGGGAUUUUACUCGUCUCAAGUUCACACACACCCUGACAGUAGAGUUUGCUUGGACCUCCAUUUUUCUCCUUCUUUUGCUUUCGUCUUCUUGGGAACGAUGAUGUUCACCGGCUUCAACGCGGAGUGUGAUUCCUCCUCCCGCUGCAGCACCGCGUCCCCGUCCGCGGACACUGUGGGAUAUUACCCGUCACCAGCAGGCUCUUACUCCAGCAUGGGCUCUCCUCAGUCUCAGGAUUUCACAGACCUGACAGCAUCAAGUGCCUCAUUCAUCCCCACUGUCACGGCCAUCUCCACAAGCCCAGACCUGCAGUGGAUGGUCCAGCCUCUCAUCUCCUCGGUGGCCCCCUCUAACAGAGCUCAUCCCUACAGCUCCAGCCCGAGUCCUGCCUACACCAGACCAGCCAUGAGGUCCGCAGCAUCCAAGGGUCACGGCUCAACCAAGAGAGGCAGAGCAGAACAGAUUUCACACGAGGAGGAAGAGAAGAGAAGGGUUCGCAGGGAGAGGAAUAAGCAGGCUGCAGCAAAAUGCCGCAACAGGAGGCGAGAGCUUACCGACACUCUACAAGCUGAAACUGAUCAGCUGGAGGAUGAGAAGUCCAACCUUCAGAAUGAUAUUGCCAAUCUUAUGAAGGAGAAGGAGAGGCUGGAGUUCAUUCUGGCUGCCCAUCAGCCCAUCUGCAAAAUCCCCUCAGAGCUGGACACAGACUUCCCUAUGGUCUCCAUCUCUCCUCCCCAGUCCUGCCUCACCACUGGGGUGUCUUCCUCAACACAGACCUCCAUCACCUCAAUCACUUCAGGGCAGCCAACAUUCACCUCAACCUCCAACUCCAUCUUCUCCAGCAGCAGCAUCAGCAGCAGCUCCAUCCUGCCCACCGCCACCGUCUCCAACAGCACGGUCAAGUUGGCGGAUCUGGACGCCUCAGUCCUGGAGGAAUCUCUGGACCUGAUGGCAAAGACCGAGGUGGAGACGGCGCGGUCGGUGCCCGAGGUCGACUUGUCCAACUCUCUGUACACGGUGCAGGACUGGGAGCCGCUUCACAACUCGGCCAAUACCGGUGACUUUGAGCCCCUGUGCACGCCCGUGGUGACCUGCACCCCUUCCUGCACCACCUACACCUCUUCAUUUGUGUUCAGCUUCCCUGAGGCGGAGACCUUCCCCACUUGUGGCGUCGCCCACAGGAGAGGAAGCAGCAGCAAUGACCAGUCCUCCGACUCCCUGAACUCACCCACCCUGCUGGCCCUCUAAAGACUUCCAGAAACAAUAAUACUUCCGACCAAGCACGUUUUUCUCAAUGUAUGAGACGAAUGUGCAGAUCAUAGGGCUAUGGAAUGGACAAAAUUAUUUACUACAUUAUUUGCCUUUAUCUAUACUUGCCUAUUACACCAAUGUAGCAAGUUAAAAAGCAUGUUUUAACUAAUACCACCUAGUGAUUUAAUUAAGUUAAUAUAUGAUUUAAAUGGUGCUAGAUGAGAAACAUUGUUGUAGUGUUGUGUGUUCAGAGCAAUAGCUAUAUUAUUGAUCCAGUUUGUUUUCUGGUUGAUGGAAAUUUGAGAGUAAUUGUGAACCCUUUGUGAAAAUAACAAAAACAACAAAAAAACAAAACAAUAACUGCUGUGCGUUGUCUUAACCAUGGUCUGAGUGGUCUUAUCUUAGUAUAUGAAGUUUUCUGUGAAAACAUUAGUGCUUUUAAUUUAUGAAAUUUUCAAUUUAUUUUUUUACACAGAGAGUAACGAUGAAUGUUGUUUGUAAGAGAUGUAAAUAAAAAAAAUAUAUAGUGAUAUUUAAAUUCA